UGCAAAAAGCAGCGCGUUAACUGAAUGGAAGCAGAUUUGGACUAAGAGCAGGUGAUUAUUGUAUAACUAGAUGUGGCGGAUAUAAAACCCAGGGGUCAGUUGGCCAGCGGGCUCAGUUGAGAUCAAAACACCCGACCAUUAUGUCGCCACUGGAUAUCGUUUUGCUCCUGGUCAGUUUCCACCAAGUAAUUUGCAGUGACUUUUCCGCCAUGAGUUCGGAGUUCAAGCAGUGUGUUCGUGGUUCCCAGAAACCCAAGAUCAGUGAAUGUCUGGGUAGAUCCGCACUGAACUUCAUCCACAGAUUGGAUGAGACCGAUAACGUUAAGUUCGUGGACGAUUUUGUGACUGUGAAAAGUGAAACAGCGGCAGUCAGAUCUCUGUCAAAUGUGCUCGACACGGAUCCAGUGGACUUCCGCGGUAUCCUGGAGAAUGCUGGCGCAGUGAUGGGUCAGCGCAGUAUGGAGUGGCACAUGGAUGGCCUUUAUCCUGGACUUAUGUUCAAAAUUGGUCCCACAGCGGAUGCGAACAGUGUGGCCGAGUUUGUCCUCGAUGGGGCGGCGCAGGGAGAGCGCCAAUUUGGAUUUGAGGAUCCCUCAACCGGUCGCGUCUUGGCCAAGCAGUACUUACUGCCCUUUCUUCUGGGCCUAAAAUUCAAUCUGGUGGCUCUAGUACCCUUGAUAUUUGCCGGCAUAUGUCUGCUGCUCAAGAAGUCAUUAUUCCUGGUAAAGCUGGCCAUAUAUGUGAGCAGCUUCUUGGGACUGGGUGGAAUCGUGGGUGGACUGGGAGGAUUAGGUGGCUUCGGAGGUGCCAGCUUUAGCGGUGCGAACUUCGGUUUCGGUGGUUUUAAUGGCCACCGUCCAAUCGGCCCAUUUCCCGGAAAGACUACCGUGUUUGGCCAAGUCCAAGAAGAGUUCAACCACCAGUACGAUGUGCACGAGGCAUCCCCAUAUCGUCGCACUGAUCGAAAAUUAAGAUUCGAGCAACCUCGAAUGGCGGAAACCAACCCCAAGCCAACCACUCAAGACCGCUUCUAUGACUUUGAAAACCAACGCAGACCGAGUAACAAACUACUGGCAGCCACUGUGCAGCAGGAAGGCGAACUCCUGUUGAGUAACUUCCAGGAUCCCCACCGAAUGGAGGGAUGGCAGGCGGUGGACUGUCUAGAAACCGAGAGCGAGCGAUUGCUGGAUGGUGCCACCAGGGAUAACAGCACCUGGCAGAUCACCGACUACCUAAGCAUCGAACCACAGGCUGGGUUCAGCAGGCCGGAGACGGGGCGAAUGGAUAUUGGUUUGCCCGGGAAACUAUUGGAGCUGGUCCAGGGAAGAGUCCUACGUCUUCAGCUGCCACGGCAGUUGACCAUUUCCAAUGCCAUCGAUGACUUUGGCAGCGAGCUGGGCCUCGAUCAAGGUCGCAAAAAGAAGGACAAAGACAAGAACAUGGCGAUGAUGGGCGGCAUGAUCAUGAUGGCCACUCUGGCCCAAAUGUUCCUAGGCAAGGUCAUCCUCAUCGCCGGCUCGGCCUUCAUUAUGGCCAAGAUCGCCUUGGUCAUUUCGCUGCUGGGCAGUCUAAAAAAGGGUUCGACUGGACACAGUGGUAGUGGAGGAGGCGGAGGUGGCACGGAGCACGUGGUGGUCCACUCCAGCCACGAGAGCGGCUGGCACCGCAGCAUGCCCACCCACGACACAUACUCGCAGCUGGAGCAGGUGGAGGAACCACCGCCGGACAGCCAUAUGGAGUACUACCAGGCCUACCAGAUGGAGCCACUGAAGCGCCGCCUGCACCAGGCGCCGACUUACCCAGAUCACCCGCGUCCAGAGGCCACAAAAUCGACUCCGGGCUUCAUUUAG